AGGACCUUUGGUGCCGUAUCAAGAAGUUUGGCUCUGGAGAAGAUAGCAGGCCUGGAUGAGAGGAGGCCGCUAGUAGAUCCACUGUGGGUACCCCAGCUGAGUGGAGAGAUGAAGGCCUUCUUCUUUUGUAUGGCAGGGUCUGUGGCAUUAUUAUCCCCUGGAACUAUCCCCUGAUGAUGCUCUCCUGGAAGACGGCUGCCUGCCUGGCUGCUGGGAACACAGUGGUGAUCAAGCCUACCCAGGUGACCCCACUCACAGCCUUGAAGUUUGCAGAGCUGACCUUGAAGGCUGGCAUUCCUAAGGGCGUGAUCAACAUCCUCCCAGGAUCUGGCCCACUGGUUGGCCAGAGACUCUCAGACCAUCCUGAUGUGCGGAAGAUUGGGUUCACAGGCUCCACGGAGGUGGGAAAGCAUAUCAUGAAAAGGUAGGUGGUUGGGGUGUGGUGGUGAAGCUACCACUGCCACUCUGGACCUAGAGAGUUCUGUGUGUGAGCUGGAUCCUGCUCCUCAAGCGUCCAUGUGCACAGCGGUUCCCGGAGGCCAGGUUAAGGCAGGUUUUGAUCCCAAGUGCAUGACAAUGCUUGGUCUGGCCAGUGGUGGCUGCUCUGUGGAGCUCACUUGGGUCAGUGAGGUGCAAGACCUGCGUGUGGCUGCUGAGCACCUGGAAUAUACAGCUGCUCUGAACUGAGACGUUCUGGGGACUGUAAAAGACACCAGGUUUUCAAAACUUA